UCUGGAGGAAAUCCCUGGGCCUCAACACAAAGACACGUGAAAAGCCAACCUAGACAUCUUUGCCCAAAAACAGCCAUUGGGACGGGCUCUGAGCUCCACAUCCGUCUCUUCCCUUUGCCAGCAAAGAAGCGAAGUGGCAGAGCACCGCACCGCCGUUCACUCUCGGGAGGACUCCCGAGCUCCCCUGGUGCCUUGAUCUGAUCUACCCAGCCAGAGAAGCAUGUCCUGAGCUGGAUCUUGCAAGAUGGCAGCAAUUGGGAGCUUCAGUGCCGCCCACCCUGGAGAUCCCCAGCCUGGGGACCUGAUUGAGAUCUUCCGUCCGGCGUACCAGCACUGGGCCCUCUACCUGGGAGAUGGGUACAUCAUCAACGUGACGCCUGUGGAAGAGGGACCUCCAGCCACAUUUGGCAGCGCCAAGUCAGUGUUCAGCCGAAAGGCCAUGGUGAGGAUGCAGCUCCUGAAGGAGGUGGUGGGAAACGACACCUACCGCAUCAACAACAAGUACGAUGGCACCUAUGCUCCCCUCCCUGUGGAGGACAUCAUCCGGCGUGCCGAGUACCUCAUCAACCAGGAGGUGUCCUACGACUUGCUGGGCAACAACUGUGAGCACUUUGUCACUCUGCUCCGCUACGGAGAGGGGGUCUCUGAGCAGGCCAACAGAGCCAUCAGUGCCAUUGGGUUUGUGACAGCAGCUGCAGGUGCCUUCUCCCUGCUGGGACUGCUGAGGAGCCGGAACCGAGAAAGGCAGUACUGAGGGGCUACUGGGCUGGAGCUGCCAGGCAGGAGCUGCUGGUGACACAGGGUGAUUCAUGCCCUUACUCCCAGCAGUGCCUCUUUAAGAGGGCAGCCCAGUCUGUUUGCUACAGCUGCUGUCAUGGCAUUGCCAGCAAUGUCUGGCAGUGCUCACGAGCAAAUUAUCCUCGCUCGUCAGGGUUCUGCUGAGGGCACAUAUGCUGUUUUUACAGACUGCAUCCUGUGGGCUUUCUAUGAAUAACCUUUCCUAACCUGUGUGAAGGAGCAUUUUGUUUACUUCUGUUUUUAACCUUCUUUCUUUUUCUUCUUACCAGAAGUAACACAGCAGCACUGCUGUUAAGGCCAGUGCAGGACUAGAUAGAUGAUCUGAGAGGUCUUUUCCAACCAUAACGAUUCUAUGGUUCUAUGAUUAUAAAGAAAAGUCCCUGGGCACCUCAGGGCAGUCUUUGUGCCUGGAGCUGGGCCCAUUGCACUGCACUGACCAACACAACAGAUCCUUGUGUGAUCACAAGUGAUGUCUUCCUCCAGCCAGCAGGACAGCACAGCCCCCAUCCCACACCUGAAGGUCGAGCUGUGCAACAGCUCCAUGCAUACAGAGCCUCGCCAUCUCUGAGCACAAAGCUGGCAUGCGGCUUGUCCUAGGAGAAAGAUAUUGAGUGGAAGCGUGGUUUAUUACUCUUCAUGGAGAGUAUUAGGCUUGCAUGUUUGGAACAGUAUUUUUUUUUUGCAGGUUACAUAUAGGAAAUGAACUCUAACUGUGCCUUCACUAUGUGCAGCUUCGUGGACUGUAAGAAGAGAUGGGAGCAAGAGCUGUCAGUAAGCAGCUUGCUAUUCUUGUCUGCUCUCACCAUGUAUAUAACUGGACCAGAAGCUUUUUUUAAACCACGGUUGUUUCAGUGUUUGAAAUAACAAAGCCAAGCCUUCUGGUUGUAUUUUGUAGUUAAUACCAUUAAAUAAUAUUGUUGGUUGUUUC